AUGAAAUCGUCCAUGUGUACCGGGUUAGACAUCCCUCCCAAUGGGGAUAGGCAACCGGAUAUCAAUGUUGACUACUCUCAUGGGCAAGCCUCCCUUCUGGACGGGCAUCCGUACCCCUCAGAGGCAUCCGAGGCAGACGAACAGGCUUCGGACACUGACCCUUAUCUACCAGCGCUCGAAGGCAGGCAAGAGGAGGAAGACAGCGGCCGCAAACGGAUUAGAAUACCCGCAUGCACAGCGGAGGAGGAGGUCGAGGCUCUCCUUCACGCCACCCGUCUACCGCCGGUGACGAGAGAGUCCCUAGAAGAGCUGGACCUCAUGUGGAUACAGUCAAAUAUUAAUCUAAGGGUGGACAUCAAUUAUGACCACGACCUUCACUUCACGCCCGUCUCCGGCUAUAAAGGGGAGCAGAAGAGGCAAGAGGCUAAGAAAUACUGGCUGAGCUUGGAGGCGGAGUUGAGAAUAGUGUAUCAGCAUAAUCCUUCGAUGUCAUGCUCGAGAUGUCAAGAAGCACGUCGUCUUGUGCCAAUCAAGGGUCGAUACUUCAAGCCCAGACUUCGCCAGAUGUUUCUGACGCUCAAGGAGCUUCUGAGCAUCUUGGUGCCCGACCGCGAUCAAGAGCAAAUAGUCCAGUACCUCGAUAUCACACUACUUCUUCAGGAAGUGUCCCACGGCCUGCUAGACGUUGUUCGGCUCGCUCGGUGGCUCUGCGUCCUUCUGACGACGCACUGUGCGCCAAUCAGAGAUGAGUCCGCACAAGAGAUGGCCGACCAGGUCCGGCAAGGGGCAGAAAGGGGAGAUCUGCAUGCUCUGGUUGCUGGGAUCGAGAAGUUGUUCUCCUUCCUGGAAGCCAUGAAGCUAGAUGUUGCGAACCAUCAGAUCCGAAGUUUCCGAUAUCAUCUCAUUGAUGACACGGUCCCCUUUCAACAAGAGUACUUUCGCCUGCGCAUCAUGAGCGAGAGACUAGAUGUGGGCCCUUCACGACAGUGGUACCUCUCAGCAAAACAAGAGCAUGACUUCUGCUCGACUGCGCACUCGACGCAUCGAACAUUUGCACUUGAGCCCUUGGUUCACGGACUGGUCAAGAUUUGUGUUUCGCCGGAUCCAAUAAUCCCAGAAACCCUAAAGUACGACAGAUCGCGCCUGAGAACCAUGCGUGAUGAGAUUCAAGACUUCCUCCAUCUCGAAAUGUCUCUCAAGGUCUUCGAUGAGCUUGUCUGCUAUCGGAGGGAUGCUAGCAGCCAGGAUCCGCUGGCGAGAAGACAAUUGCACAAUCGGGCUAUGGACACACGCGCUCGCCUAUACAGUCGACUUAUGGACUUGACUGAGGGUUACGUUGAUCCUGGCACAUCGAUCUCGGAUAUGUGGUACCAGCAUGCAGGUGCUAUUGGCCUCGAGCUUGUUCGUGCCGCUCGUCAUGCCUGCGGAUUGGCAACGCAGAUCGCGGAGGCCGAUAUUGCCAAAACUACAGCUCGGUUGAGAAAUUUGUUCAUCUCAGAGCAGCGAGACCAUGUUCGUGCCGCGACUAUCGGGAGCGACCUGGAAAAGAGUGCACUCAAGCAUGCCGCUGAUUUCCAGGGCAUGACGACUCUGAGAAUUUCUGAAGCUCAAAAGCAAUGGCAACAGAUCCAACAGCAGACAUGUCAGGGGCGUAUUCCGUUCCAAAUUGAGAGCAUGGCUAGGAUGCUGGCGCACAUGGCCGUCGUAAACUUUCGGGUGUGGACCAACUUGGUUUAUUUGGAGCAUGCAGGCGAUGCAUUCGAUGGAGAAUUUGACAGCAUUUCAGCGACGGAGGAUUAA